CCAAAACCGAAGCAAGGAGAGAACGAGAAACAAAGAAUCCAACCAAGGAAAAGGAAAAAUAAGACCAAUGCCGCAAGCACGAGUCCUCCUCGCCAUAAUUUUCUCCACCGCCCUUCUCCUCCUGGCCGCCUCGGCGAAACAAAGCUCAGAAUGGAAGAAACCCAACACCCAACAACCCGAAACCACCCACAGCGCACUGAGUAAGAGAUUCGGUCGCCGAUUGGCGGGAUUCAAUCCCAACAUAACAACAACAACACCCAACCAACGCUUUCUAUCGCAGUAUCACUACCACCACCACCACCACCACCUCCUCUCGCCACGGCGGGAGUUCCUCCUCGCCCACAACCAGGUGAGGAAGCAUUUCAACGAGCCGAUCCUGAAAUGGAGCAGGAAGCUCACCCGCUACGCUCGCCGAUGGGCCAACAAGCGCUUCCUGGACUGCCAGAUGAUCCAUUCCUACGGCCCCUACGGCGAGAACCUGUUCUGGGGGAAGUACGACCACUGGACGGCGACGGAGGCGGUGCAGUCGUGGAUUAGGGAGCACAGGUAUUACAAUCCUCAUACGAACACGUGCGCUCCGGGCCAAAUGUGCGGCCACUACACGCAGGUUGUGUGGAGGGACUCGACGCGGAUAGGAUGCGUGCGCAAGAAGUGUUUGAACGGAGGUCUGUUUGUAAUUUGUGUGUAUGAUCCGCCUGGAAAUUACAUUAACGAGAGCCCAUUUGGAUCGUUGACAAGUACACCAUAACCAUCAUCAUUAUCAUCUAAUCAGCAUCGAUCUUCUGCUUUCAAAUUCAAGAUAUAUAUCAGCUGCACCGCCUGGUCAAGAUUAGUGGGUUUUUUACGAGUUAAAAAAAACAGAGUAUACGGGGUAGGGUGGGCAGAUUAUGGUGUUAUAUAAUUUCCAGCCUUUUAUUUUUCAUGCUUAUAGAAUUUUCAUAAUGUAAUAUAAAAACCAAGACAGCGUGCAGCGAAACCAUUGGUUUAAUUUACUGAUUCCUUCUUAUAAUUAAGGCUAA